UCAAUUUAAAGUCAUUUAUUGAAAGACGCUAGACAAAUUAUUAUAAAUAAUAAUAAACCUUAUUUUAGUAUAGCAAUGGAUUUUUGUGGAAAAAAAAACUAUAUAGAACCGUCUCGUGCUUUGUAAUAUUAUCGAAAAAUGGUUCAGUUGAAACAGGUUUCGCUUCGUUUGAAGUCCAUUAAAAAUAUUCAGAAAAUCACUAAGACAAUGAAAAUGGUGUCCGCGAGCAAGUUCACGAAGGCGGAGCGCGAAUUAAGCUCAGCGCGACCCUUCGGCUACGGGCCUCGGAAAUUUUACGAGUCCAGCCACUUGGUGAAACCAGAGAAGAAACCGGAUGAUAAAUCCAAAGAGGAACCAGCGCCAGAACCGGUCGUUGGGAAAGACGAGGAGGGAAAAGACGCGAAGAAGGUCAGAAGACUGUAUGUCGCCGUGACUUCAGACAGAGGUCUGUGCGGCGGAGUUCAUUCUGGUAUAUCCCGUCGCAUCAGGAAGAACUUGACCGAUCGCAGGGCGGAACCCGCCAGCAACAAGCUGAUAUGUAUCGGUGACAAAUCCAGAGCAAUCCUGAGGCGUAUCUUCAGCGACAAUAUGCUCAUGAAUGUCAAAGACAUUGGUCGCAUUUCUCCCGUGUUCGCGGAUGCCUCUGCCAUAGCAGCAUCUAUAAUGCAGUCAGGGUUCAUAUACGACUUGGGUGAAAUCUACUAUAACAAAUACUUCAGCGCCGUUAAAUACGAGCUGACCGUAAUCCCCGUCUUCCACAAGGAUAAAAUUGAGAGAGCACCGAACAUGCAUGCAUUUGAUGACGUUGAGGAGGAUCAACUCGAAAGCUAUUCAGAGUGGACGUUGGCGGCUCUUCUGUUUUACGCUCUCAAGGAAUCGGCAGCAUCAGAGCAAUCAGCUCGCAUGGCUGCCAUGGACAAUGCGACCAAGAACGCCGACGAUAUGAUCAAGAAAUUAACACUUCUAUUCAAUAGAACUCGCCAGGCAGUCAUCACGAGAGAGCUCAUAGAGAUCAUAUCCGGAGCCGCUGCUCUCUAACGAUAUGCGAUACGGUUGCAAACAUUAUUUACAUGACAAAUUUCAUAAAAUUGAAGAACGUCGUUUAUUUAAACUUAGAACAUUAACGUUGACCUUGUUAUUUAUAAUAUUUGGUAAUAAGGUAAUUGUUUAGAAAGGGAAACAAUAAUAUGAUACUAUUAGUUGAUAAAACGUAUCUUAUUUAAG